UAAGGGUAGUGUCCGUUUGGUUUCACCUACUUCGAAAGGGAGUCCUUUUCUCGGUCUGAGCCCUUCAAAAGCUAUUCUCGUUAACCGUCAAAGCUCGAGCGCGUGGGAAGAAAAAUAGAUUCUCUCUCUUCCUCUCUCUCUCUCUCUCUCUCUCUCUCUCUGUGUCUUCUCUCUCCGGCGUUUUCAGAGGAGAAAUUAAGAUAAUUAAGUAGUAAUUAUAAGAGAAAAAUUGAAGUCAUCGGUAAUCUAUGGACUUUCGGUUCGUCUCUGGUUGUACUAUCAGAGAAACGAGGAUUUAGGGUUUCUUUUGAUUCUUCUUGAUAGCCGAUAGGCGGGUACUGUUUUCUGUUCCAUUUCUUCGUUAAUUCUGAGAAGGAGUUGCAUGGGCGUAUAAGAUUAUUUCUUUGGAGUUGCUCAGUAGACGCAUUGCUGUAGUGGCAUUAUUUUUCUUGUUUUCUGAAUGAUUAAGAAUGGGUUAGUAUAACAGUAGUUGUUAAUCAACCGCCAUCCAAAAAAAAAAAAAAAAAAAAAAACAGAAGUUGUGGAUAUAAAGAUGGGUUCUUGUGAACCCGCGUUUAUAGUUGAGGAUUCUUUAUGUGGGUUGCCGGAUGAAACAGUUGGAGAAUUACAAAAUUGUUUGGGGGACAUGGGGAGUGUUACUUUGGAUUUAGUUGAUGAGUUUAGAGACUGUCAAGGGUUUGAUAAUGGUGUUAUUGACCCACCUUCUUCGCAGGCAGCGGUUUGCCAAUUACUUAGUUAUAAUGAGGGUCGUCCUGUUACUGAACGGCUCUCCUGCUUUGAAGCAGUUUGCCCUUUAUCUAAUACGAAUGGGGGCAUCACAAGUCCAGUGGAUGGAUGCUGUGCUUAUUCUCAAAACAAAGUUGGUGCUAAUUUAGUAGAUUCCAGUGUUAGAUUGGAGACAUCUAUUUCUAUGAGAGAUAAUUCAUGUAGACGGAGUGUUUCAGAACCAGAGCAAAAGCUGUGUGAGGAAUGUGAGUUUCCUUCGUCUAAUGCUAAUAGGGACACCACAAGCCCAGUUGAUGGCUGUCAGGCUUCUUCUCAAAAGUUUGGUGCUAAUUUAGUAGACCCCAAUAUUGGUUUGGAGGUAUCUAUUCCUGGGAGGGAUUAUUCAUGUAAUCUGCGACUAGAUAAGAAUGUUUCUAUACUAAAGCAAAAGCGGCAGGAUGAAUGUGGGUUUCCUUUAUCUAAUACUAACAGGGAUGCCACAAUCCCAGUGGACUGGUGUCCCGCUGCUCCAGAAUUUGGUGCUAGUUCAGUAGACUCAGGAGUUGGCCUGGAUGUAUCUAUUUUUGUGAGGGAGGCUUCUUGGAAUUUGCAACAAGAUCAUUUUUCGGAGCUAGAGAAAAAUCUGCAGGAUGAAUGUGACUUUCUUAUAUCUGAUAUUAAUGGGGAUACCAUAAGCCCAGAGGGUGUUUUUCCUGCUUCUAAAAAAAUUGAUGCUAAUUCAGUAAACUCUGGAGUUGGCCUGGAGGCAUCUAUUUCUAGAAGGGAUGGUUCACUGGAACUAAAUCAAGAUAUGGUUGUUUUGGUAAACGAUAGAAAGUUGCAGGAUGAAUGUGAGUCUAGUGGGCUUUGCUCUACCAAGAGUGACCAGGUCAAGCAAUUAUGCUGUUUGGGAACUCUAGGAUCAUAUUUGGAAAGAGAAGGACCACACUAUGAGGAUGAAGUGGGAAAAUCUGUAGAGAAGGAAGAGAUGUCAAUGGCCUCAGAUCCCUUAACUGUUUCUCAGAGUAAAUGCAGCCAGUGUGCAGAGCAGAAGGUUCCUGGGGACGUCAAUGGUUUCUCAGUGGAAGGAGUUGGCAGCUUACAGGAGUUUGUGGAAGAGAAAUGUGAUGUUAUAACAGGGAUAUCAGUUAGCCUGAGCACCCAAGCAUCACUUAAAGAAGAAAAUCCAGCCAAUUUGGCAGAAGAGUCAUCUAAUGUAGCAUCUGAGUGUGCAUUGGAACAAAAAUCAUCUCAGCAAUCAUUUCAGCCCUGUGGUCUUGUGAAUAUUGCAUCUUGUAAAAGCGUGGCUGUUCCAGAUCUUGAGGAAGGGUGUGCUCCAAGUGGUACUCUAACUUAUGGUAGUAUGGUUGACUCUACUGUGCAAAUGUAUAGUGAAACAAGAGAUUGCUUUAAACCCAAUUAUGUAAGUGCUCCCUCAGAGGAGGCAGUUACUGACUCAAAGGAGGUUGUGGAACAGAAAUGCUAUUCCUCGGUGAGGACUUCGGCCAACCUAAGCAUCCACUCGUUGCAUAUUGAAGAAAAUAUUUGCAAUUUAAUGCAACGGUCACUCAAUAUAGCUUCUGAAUUUUCUGGUGAAGAAUCAACCUCACUCCAAUCACCACUGCCCCUUGACCUUGUGGAUAAUGACUCUUCUAAAAGAUCUGCUAAGCCUGAUGUUUGGGAAAGUGAUGCUUUCAAUAGUGCUUUGACGUGCAGCAGCAUGGUUGAUUCAAUUGAUGGUGCAGAUGGUGAAGUAAAGGCUAAUGCUAAGAGUUUUGUUUCAGAAUCCAACUGUCCUGAUGAUGUGCGUGUGCUCCCUCGGAGGAGUACCCGUGUAAGCAAACUGAAUCAGAUGAAUGAGGUAAAAAAGGCUGUAAGCCAGUUCAGUAAAAAAGUCAAUACAGUAUCGCUCCCACGAAGAGCCAUUGGGAUCUCCUUCAAGAUGGUAAGAAGGAAAAGAAGCUAUCUCUGCAAACAUGCACGUUCUUCUACAUGGGGAGCGUUAGGAAACAUCAUGGAGGUGUUUAAGCAGAAUGAUGGGAUCCUGAAGCAUGAUUCUGAUUUGAUUCAGGCUCAAACCCGUGGAUCACUGAAAACUAGGGAUCGCCAAGGAAGCAAAAAGCAGAAGUCUCGGACAGAUGGAAAUUCACAAGAGCCAAAAGGAAAAUCUAAUGCUUCGAUUGGUUGCAUUCGCUUGAAAGUUAAAUUUGGGAAACAAGUGGAUCAAAAAGAUUUGAAGGUUGUGCUUCCUGAGGGGAACGGUUCUUCAGCAUAUGUGGAAACUAUGAAAAAUGAACGUCUAUCUGAGUCAGAUUGCAGGACCAGCAUGGAAAUCGCACAAGUAGCCAAUGAUUUGGAAAUGGAACAUAAGCUGGGGGAAGAUGUUCAGCCUCCCAAUGGAACUCUCGAAAAUCUGGGGACACCAGUAGAUGUUUCUGUUCUGGAUGCACAUCCUACAAAAAAGGACUUGGCGAGCAUUGUGACACAAUCCAAAUCGUUUAGAAACAGCUCAGGUGAUUGCCAUGGAGUUCCCUCUCAAAUAGGGACUGAAUCAUUGGGAGAAGCAACUGCAAAUAAGAAUUUAGGUCCUGGUAUGUCGCCUCAUUCAGAAGUGAUCAAUGUGAUUCAGGAUGCCCAAGUUGGUGCUGGAAUGCAAAGGGAUAUACAAGUUGCUAGUUUUGAUUCUGCCCAAUCUGGUGUUCCUCCACAAAAUGUUAUGUGUUCCAACAUGCUCCUUAUGAAGGCAAAGAAAGGAAAAAGAAAUGGUAAAGUUGAGGGAAGUCGAAAUCCUGUUGGAGGAUGCUGUGGACUGGAUGAAAUAGUGUGUGGUCCAACAAACUUGAACAAGACUAUAAAAUUGUCAAAACGGCAAUCACAGAAGAAAGUGGGGGAUGGGCUGAAUGUCUUUAACCCCAGUAAGCCUAUUCUUUCAGCAACUAGCCAGAUUGCUUCCAGCAGCAAUUUAAGCAAUGAGGGGUUUGUUAGAGAAUCCUUCCCAUCAUCAGGGCUGGUUGAACUUGGGGUUUCUCAUGAAGCUUUGAAAGCAGAAACUGGCAUCCAAGCCUGUGAAUUACCCAGUCAUGAUGUCAUGAAUAAACCAGAGACAUGGACUUCUGAAUUUUCUGCUUCUAAAACUAAAGGGCAUAAACUUUCUAAAACUUCCAAAUCCACUGCACGGGUAGGGAAAAAUCAUUCUCGUGUCUCAGAUUCAGCAAGGCGUGGGAGAAAAAAUGUUUGUGAGAAGGAGGAAGAUCGGGAGAAGUCAUCUAGAAAGAGCAAAGCCAAGAAGGAGGGAUUUUCCAAUGUUGAAGUCAGCCAGCAUGAAAAUCACCCUGAAAUAGGUGGGAACAUCAAUGUCUCUUCAGUGAUGGAAAAGGAUUCAGUGACUGGUGGACCCGCUGAAUUGAUCGAGUUUAAUCUAGUAGCUAAUGCGAUCAGCCGCAAUCCAGUAAGAAACAAUGCCGACAAUGAAGUGCCACCUGAGAAUAUCUCUAGCUUGAAUGCUGUAUUCAAUGGGUUUGAGGAGCAGUUUUUACCAGCACGGAUUGCAUGGGUGUGCUGUGAUGAUUGCCGUAAAUGGAGGUGUAUAUCAGCUGGACUUGCUGAUUAUAUAGAAGAGACGAAUUGCAAAUGGAUUUGCAAGGACAAUGCAGACAAGGCAUUUUCUGACUGCUCAAUUCCUCAGGAGAAGUCAAAUGCAGAGAUUAAUGCAGAGUUGGAAAUAUCAGAUGCCUCUUGUGAAGAAGAUGCUUAUGACAGACGCCGAAAUUACAAGGCAUUUGAACACAAGCAGCCAAGAGCUCCUCAAGAGGCAACUUGGAAACUUAUCAAGUCUAAUUUGUUUCUGCACCGUAGCCGUAAAACCCAAACCAUUGAUGAGAUAAUGGUAUGCCAUUGCAAACGUCCUCCAGAUGGCAGCUUGGGUUGUGGAGAUGAAUGCCUGAACCGGAUGCUUAACAUUGAAUGUGAUAAGGGGACCUGCCCUUGUGGGGACCUUUGCUCAAACCAACAGUUCCAAAAAUACAAAUAUGCAAAAUUUAAGUGGUUCCGUUGUGGAAAAAAGGGACAUGGGCUGCAGUUGCUGGAAGAUGUUUAUGAGGGACAAUUUCUUAUUGAAUAUAUUGGAGAGGUGCUUGAUUCUCAUGCUUAUGAAGCACGACAGAGGGCAUAUGCUUCUAAAGGGCAAAAACACUUCUAUUUCAUGACACUGAAUGGUAGUGAGAUCAUAGAUGCAUGUGCUAAAGGGAAUUUGGGGCGUUUUAUUAACCAUAGUUGUGAACCUAAUUGCCGUACAGAAAAGUGGAUGGUGAAUGGGGAAAUCUGUAUUGGACUAUUCGCAAUAAGGAAUAUUAAGAAGGGUGAAGAGGUUACAUUCGAUUAUAACUAUGUAAGGGUGUAUGGUGCUGCUGCAAAAAAAUGUGUUUGUGGGUCUUCUGUAUGCCGAGGAUAUAUUGGAGGAGAUCCAUUGAAUGCGGAAACAGUUGUUCAAGGUGAUUCAGAUGAAGAAUUUCCAGAACCUGUAAUGAUUGAUCAAGAUGGCUCCAAUGAGGAUAACAUGGAUGAAAUAAUUUCAGCUACCAGUUCUAUUGAUGGUGCUGCGACACAGUUUGCAAAGGUUCCUUUGCAAGCUGGAGAUACCAUUAGCAAAUCAGAACUUGCAACAGUGGAAUCAAUUUCAUCAGAAAAGGAAGAUACCCUGGGUGCAUCCUUACCUUCAGCUCAACCAUCGCCAUCAGAAUUCUCUUUGAGAAUGGAAGGUGGUUUGACCAAAUCAUCAUCUUCUGUACCAUCAGAGGUUUCUGUACAUAGAGAUAAUGGGAUGAGAACCUCAUCUACCAUUCAAUUGUUUGAGGUUUCUUUACACAAGGAAGAUACUUCAAAUAUAUCUUCAUGUAAAGUUCAAACAUUAGACAGUUCAUCAUCAACUGCGAACACUUUAAAGAAAUGUAUGGCUAAUACAGUUUGUAUCAGCAAGUCCAGAUCUGACAAAGUUGAGGAUAAGCCAAACAUUUCAAAAUCAUUUUCUCGUGUGAAAGCAUCUCAGUCAGCUAGUUCAAUUAAAAAAGGAAAGAGCACUGCUUGUCCUGUGAUCACCAAUAAAACUCAGGUUAUGGCCAAACCCAAGAAACAGAUGGACUGUGCUAUUCGUAGUCGUUUUGAAGGAGUUGAAGAGAAACUCAAUGAAUUCCUAGAUGAUGAAGGGGGAAUAAGCAAACGAAAAGAUGCAAGCAAAGGCUACUUAAAGCUUUUGGUUCUCACUGCAGCUUCAGGAGAUAAUGGAAAUGGCGAAGCAUUUCAGAGUGCUCGAGAUCUUUCAAUCAUUCUUGAUGUGCUUAUGAAAACAAAAUCACGGACAGUUUUGACUGACAUAAUCAACAAAAAUGGUUUGCAGAUGCUGCAUAACAUAUUAAAGCAGAACAGCAGUGACUUUAACAAAAUUCCUAUUCUUCGAAAGCUUCUUAAGAAAGUUUAUUGAUAUUGUAGAUGUGGACUUUGUAUUCUAUGAUCCGACCUAUACCAACAGUAUUAGCUUCUUGUUGAAGAGAAUGAUAUUCAAGUCCAGAGAUCAUGGCAGAUGCCCUAAGUGGAUUCUAAAUCCAUGAGACAGGAUUGAAAAGUUGGAGCCUUUGUGUUUAAUCAUUGACUGAAAGAGGAGGCAAGGAUACAUUCAAAGUAAACUGUAUAGUGGAAAUUUAUACUUGGAGAAUGAGUGUGCCAGAGGAUUGCAGGUUCCCUAUUAUAGUUCCUUGGCAACUUUUUCCGUAACUGGGUGCUGUAAAAGAAGAAAGAAGCCUUGAUGGCGAUGCUGGAAUUGGAAAUAUUGCAAUAUCAAACUGGAGCAGAGAAGUAUUUCAGUGGAUUUGAAGGGAGGAAGACAAAAAUUGUUGGGUUUUGGAUAUCAGGCAAGAAGGAAGUUAAAGUAUAUAAGGAACUUUAAUCCCAGUAAAAAAAGUAAGUUCUGCGACAAUUUUCAAUGAACCACAGUUUGUAAAUUGACUCUAAAUCAGAAUUGAAAUUUAUGGCGCUAGUUCAGCACAGAUGGAAAAGGCACAUGAACCACAGAUUGUCAUGGGAACGACAUCUGAAACGGAGAGAAGGAAAGAGAUGAAUCAGUUAUUUAUGAUGAGUUUAGUGGAUUUGAGAAGAAAAUGUGAAAGUGAGGUUUCAGAGAAACACACUUGGUGUGAUACAGGUGCACUUCCUUGGACUGGCUCAAAUCCGUUGGGCAGCCUAGAUGGGGAUGAACCAGGUCCAAUUAGAUUUUUGAUUCAGUAGGAUAUUUAGAAUUUAUUUUUGUUUGGGAAAGAUAUGUAAUUUUUAUUUUGAGGGUAGCUAUUAGACAAGUAGGGAAAUUUCCAAUUUGAGUUUCUAUUUUUGUUAGUCUUUAGGAAGCUUUUAGGAGUUUGUGUUAUUUUGAGUUUUAUAAAGACCUGUGUAACCCAAUGAUGGGAGUGGAUUUGAGAAUGAAUUGAAUUAGAUUUGUGUGGUGUGUGUGAGCA